UUUCAGUAAAGUUCGGUGCUUGAUGAUAUGUCUCUAAAAUUGUCAUGCGGCCAUGACACGUCAACCUGAGAAUUAUAAUGAACGGCCGUGCCGAGGCUGUACUUUCUGCUGCACAGGAACGCUAUGGAUAGAUAAACGACGGCUGUGCUGCCGUCUCCAGUAAGCCGCAUAGAGAACCGCAGCCUGUCUCGAGAUUCUGCGCAGCUCUCUUCUCUUCUUUUAUUCCAGCGGUGAAGCCAGAAUCGCAGCAGGGACAUAUUCGAGCCCCAUUUCCGAGUCACUAGUCUUAGUCUAAGGAAGCAGCCAUUAUGAUCGUUGACAAAUACCUCGCAGAUCUCAACACAGACGCGCCUCCGUCUUACGAUGACCUUGUUUCUCCACAGGAGCCGUCAAGCUCACAACCCUCGUCGCCUUUUGCUUCCUCAUCCCAAUCACAUGUCGAUCCUACACUACAAAUCAAAAAACUGUCCACCAAGAAAAGUAAAGGACCUACAUCUUGGUUCCCUUUUACUGCAUCGCGUACAGCGAAGGAAGUUCGCAUCACUGUUCUUAAUCUUAUCCGUGAUCUAGUCAAGCAUCCCUUUCCUGCAGCUUCGCCUGCUAUCCUAGAUAGCUGCGCAGAAGCAUGCGUUACACACGGAAUCUCAUUCGCCUCUCUGCUCCAGCAAAAGUCUGUCGAGGAUCACACACCCAUAUAUUGGGCAAUCGUAAAACGUCCUGCUGAACCAACGAGUCCGACGGAGCAUGACCUACUUACCGCCCUUCUUACCCGUGCUGCACCACUCACGGAAUCUACAGUCUCAGAAAUGCGUUUAGCUUGUCUUGUCACAAACGAUCAAGUCCUCUUUCAGCGUUUACGACUCUCUCCUGCCUUCUCUCCCCUUUCUGGCACAGACGAAAUCCUGCUCGGUGCGAAUAUACCCCCAGAUAUGAUUAGGGUAGAGGAUGUUGCCAGCGGUGUGGGUGCCUUUAUUGUCACAUUCGAGGUUCCACUAUUCCAGAGACGUAUGCGUAUCUCGAGAAGAAUUGUUCUCGAAUUCAUCGCACGAGGGCGAAUGUGGAGUUUUUCUUUCUCAACAGUACUCCCUGAGAAUGACCCAAAGAAUGACCCAAAUGUUCGCGCUAACAAAAAGCCGGUCGGAUCUUGGGUCGUCGCACUUGGUCUUUUGGAACAUAGCCCAUCGACAUGGGUGGAUUCACGGCUCACCAUAGUCGAGCAUUCUCCGUCCACUCCAACACCAUCGCUCAUUGAUACUCCUAUUCCCGACGCUUCACGUCCAUCUUUACCGCGCAAGAAGUCUAAGCCCAAUCCAACGAUCAGCCUUCGCCUUAAGACCGGAAGUUCACAGUUGGCACCUCCUAUACCCAAGACGGAGAUGCCGAGCGAGAUUGUUGUACCUCUAUCAGAUAGUUUGAUGGGUCAGAGUUUACAAUACGAGUAUGUUUAAUCUCUCGUUGUAUCUCGUCAUCACGUAGUACAUUACUGGAACAUCGUAUCUCACCGCAGAUGGUACGCUCCACGCCCGCCUUGAGGCCAGACUGGCAAAACCAGAAACAGAAUGUAUCAUUUGCUAAUAUAAUUAUAUUGCGUUAGGCUGACUUGAAUCUUCAUUUUUAUUUUUCAUCCUUCUGCUGUCGAUCUACUCCGCUGUUGUCUUUUGUCUUUUGUUACUCACGAUACCCGUGGACCGAAACCCACCCAACAGAUUAUGUAGCCGCUUCAGACAUUGUACUUGUAAACCAUUUUACAUGUGUUAAUCGCCUUGACUGUCUUGAGUACUGGUGCUCUUCGAGAUCUGUCUCACUACUUUCAAUAUUCGCACCUUUUAAAAGUUUCGAUC